GAGCUCUGCUCGUUCUAAUGCGUAUGAAAACUGAAAAUUUGUAUUCUCGACAGAUUACCCUAACAAUGAGGGCUAAACUAUUGAUGUUGCUAACAUUUACUGCUCUACACGUUGUGACACCUCAGACGACAUGCACUUCAACAAACGGUGUUCCUGGCAUUCCAGGAACUCCCGGCAUACCUGGACCUCACGGUCGAGAGGGCCCAAAGGGAGAACGAGGGGAGACUGGUCCCAAGGGGGAUCUGGGCUCCAAGGGUGAAGCUGGUGCCCAGGUCUUUUCUAACUGGAAACAAUGUGUUUGGCAAGGGGGUGAUAACCGGGACUUUGGAUUAAUUAAGGUAACGCUAUAUGUUUAUGAAAGUCUUGAGAAUCAAUUACUAUUGCAUAAGUGAACUAUUAGAGAGCCAGAUCUGGACAUUUAGAGCGGUUUUAUACAGACAGUAUUAAAACCAAACCAAAACCAAAACCAAA